CUUCCACGCUAUUCAAUUCAUUCGAGCUUUCAUUUCCCUCCCUCUCCAGAACGGCGAAACACGGACGGGAGGGCAUGGCCGCGUCCUCCGCCGGCGCGUGGGCCCUGAUCGCACUCGCGGUGUUGCCGUCGGCGGCGGCGGCGGCGAUCCCCGGCGGCUUCCCGGCGGCGCUGACUCUGGAGAGGGCCUUCCCGCCGGCUCAUAGCGUCGGACUGGGCCGGCUCAGGGAUCGCGACAGGGCGAGGCAUCGGGGGAUGCUGCGGACUUUCGAUGGCGUCGUCGAUUUUCCGGUCGGAGGCAACUCCGAUCCUUCCCUCCUCGGGCUGUAUUACGCGAGAAUUCAAUUAGGCACUCCUCCGAGGGAGUUCUAUGUACAGAUAGACACCGGAAGCGACCUCCUGUGGGUCAGUUGCAGCUCCUGUAAUGGCUGCCCUCGAACGAAUGCGCUCAAUAUGCCGCUCCAUGUUUUCGAUCCGGGGAGCUCGUCCUCAGCUUCAGCGAUCUCUUGCUCGGAUGAAAGAUGCGGUCCGGGAGUUCAAACACCGGAUUCUGUAUGUCCCACUCAGAGCAAUUUGUGUAGUUACUCGCUUGCGUAUGAGGAUGGUAGUAGGGCUUCCGGAUAUUACGUGACGGACUUGCUUACGUUCGACAUGAUAGAAGGGAGUACUGCUGUGAAUUCAUCAGCUGCUGUUAUGUUUGGGUGUAGCACUUCACAAACAGGGGACUUGCAAGAGUCAGAAAAGACAAUUGACGGGAUUUUUGGACUUGGGCAGCAGGAAACAUCUGUUGUCUCUCAACUGGCUUUACUCGGAGUAGCUCCCCGAGCAUUCUCACACUGCUUGAGAGGAGAUGGUGAUGGUGGGGGUACACUAGUUCUUGGUGAAAUUCUGGAUCCAAAUGUUGUCUACACCCCACUCGUGCCUUCACAGCCUUAUUAUAACUUGAAUCUGCAAAGCAUUUCCAUGAAUGGUCAACCUCUCUCCAUUGAUCCAUCAGUAUUUGCAACAUUCAGUGAUCGAGGAACCAUAGUUGACACAGGAACAACUUUGGCAUACCUUGUUGAGGAAGCUUAUGAUACACUCAUCAAUGCUAUUGCAAACAGUGUUUCUCAAACUGCACGCAUGCUUAUGAACGAGGGAAAUCACUGUUUUUUGACUACCUCCGAUGUCGUUGACACAUUCCCUCAAGUUAGUUUUGAUUUUGAAGGCGGAGCCUCAAUGAUAUUAAGCCCUCAGGAGUAUCUUGUGCAGCAAAAUUCUUUUGAUGGUGCUACAUUCUGGUGUAUGGGCUUGACAAAGGCUCAGGGCCAAGCUAGAACAAUAUUAGGAGAUAUUGUUCUGAGAAACAAAAUCGUCGUGUAUGACCUGGCUGGUCAGCGGCUUGGAUGGACUAACUACGACUGUUCCCUCUCGGUCAACGUCUCCACAACCACGACCAAUGGCAAGGACCAAGGAGAGUACUUCCAUGUGGGGCAAACGAGUCGUGGCAGUGGUUCGGACAGGGUUGCACCUUUUGAAUUCAUUCAAUGGGGAUUGAGAGUCUGUUUUAUCACCGUAUCCUUGCUCGGUAGUAUUAUUAGGCUUUGUUAGCAUUUGCACUAGGAAAACAUCCCUCGGUGUUCCUAUGCACCUUUCCUUUCGGGUACGGAAACAGCCCUCUUGUUUCUCCGGUGCCACCAUGCAGCCAACGGCAGGGGACACCUUCUUCCUGUAUAUUUAUCUUUAUUUUUCGCUCGAGAAUUAUUGUAAUUUUUUCUCCUUUCAACUAGGCUUGUUAAAUUAAUGUUGAUUAUAUCUAAUGUGACUUUCGGGAA